GUCACCGCUGCAGGACAACAGCCAUGAGCCUGGUGGCCUGCGAGUGCCCUCCUGGCCCAGGCCUGGAGCCUGAGCCUUGCUCCCGUGCACGGUCCCAGGCCCGUGUGUACCUGGAGCAGAUUCGCAGCCUGGUGGCUCCCGGGGCCCCGGACGUGACCAAACGUGACUACCUAGUAGAUGCAGCCACGCAGAUCCGGCUGGCCCUGGAGCGUGACGUCAGCGAGGACUACGAGGCCGCCUUCAACCACUACCAGAACGGCGUGGACGUCCUGCUGCGAGGCGUGCACGUCGACCCCAACAAGGAGCGACGCGAGGCUGUGAAGCUGAAAAUUACCAAGUAUCUGCGGCGGGCCGAGGAGAUCUUCAACUGCCACCUGCAGAGGACUCUGGGAGGAGGAGCAAGCCCUGGCACGGGUUUCAGCAGCCUGAGGCUCCGGCCCAUCCGCACACUGAGCUCUGCCCUGGAGCAGCUGAGGGGCUGCAGGGUGGUCGGGGUCAUCGAGAAGGUGCAGCUGGUCCAGGACCCAGUGACUGGAGGGACCUUCGUGGUAAAGAGCCUGUCCAGGUGUCCCGUGGCGAACCGGGAGCGGCUGACCAUCAUCCCGCACGGUGUGCCCUACAUGACUAAGCUGCUUCGGUACUUUGUGAGCGAAGAUUCCAUCUUCCUGCACCUGGAGCAUGUGCAAGGAGGCACACUCUGGUCCCACUUGCUCUCCAAGGAGCACCCCCAACCGUCUGGGCUCAAGUCUGAGAGGAUGAAGGCUUCGCUCAACUCGCCCCUCAGCCUCCAGACCCCAGCACUGCUCCCCCUGGGACCCGCCCGCCUGCAGGACAGAAUCCUGCUGGAGCCUCCACGGACUUCUCAGAGCCUCCCCCAAGCCAGGGGGCCCCCAGCCAUCGAUCCCCAGAGAGAGGCUGCAGGUAGCCCUUCAGCCAGGACCCAAACUUUCUGCCCCCCGGACCUUCUGAGGGCCCCAAGUGGCCGCCUGCACCUCCAAGCCAGACGGGGACCCGGCCGGAGCUCAGACGCGAGGCCCUCGUGGGGGCUCCCUUGGGUUCAUCAGGGAGCUGUCCGGGUGCUGGGGGCCUGCAGACGAGGCAAAAGUCCGAGCCACCCCUUAGCAGACGGGGCCCACCCCGGGUUCAGCAGGGGCGCCUGGCACGUGAACGAAGAGCAGGUGAGGCAGUGGGCCGCGGAGACACUGGUGGCUCUGGAGGCCCUGCACGAGCAAGGGGUGCUGUGCCGAGAUCUCAAUCCCCGGAACCUGCUUCUGGACCAGACAGGUCACAUCCGGCUCACGUAUUUUGGCCAGUGGUCGGAGGUAGAGCCCCACUGCUGCAGGGAGGCUUUGGACAGUCUCUACAGUGCGCCAGAGGUGGGUGGGAUUUCUGAGCCGACGGAAGCCUGUGACUGGUGGAGCUUUGGGUCUCUGCUGUAUGAACUGCUGACUGGAACUGCACUGUCACAGAGCCACCCCUCGGGAAUCCAGCCCCAUACCCAGCUCCAGCUGCCUGAGUGGCUCAGUCGCCCAGCGGCCUCCUUGCUGACUGAGCUGCUGCAGUUUGAUCCUGCGCGACGCCUGGGCGCUGGAGGAGGCGGUGUCAACAGGCUCAAGGCCCACCCCUUCUUCAGUACUACCCAGUGGAGCAAACUGGUGGGGUAAGAGGGGCAGAGCGGGCCACAGAAGCUGCUGGACUGGUCUGGAUCGCCUCCCUUUGCCUGUCACCUGGAGCUGGCCCACGUAAUCAGCGGCCCCCGGGCAAAGAAGACAGGGCGGCUGCUUUUCCUGCAUAAGCCCCUCUUGGGCACCAGAAGUGACCAUCGCCACUGCCCAGAUGGGCCUGGGCGUCCCCCGGCCAG